ACCGGAAGUAUCGGGCGAACGCGGCCGGGGCGCGGCGUCGGUGGCCAGGGGCCGUGCCCGCCGGGCUCCUUCCAUUUCUUCUCCCCUCCCUUUCUUCUCCCCUCCUUUCGUUGCCUCAACCGCGCCGGGCAUCCGCCAUGGAGGCAAACGCGCCGAAACGGAAAGAGGCGCGAAAGUCGCUACGGAUCAAAGUCAUCUCCAUGGGCAACGCGGAGGUGGGGAAGAGCUGCAUUAUAAAGCGCUAUUGUGAGAAGAGAUUUGUUCCCAAAUACCUUGCAACUAUUGGUAUCGACUAUGGUGUCACCAAAGUACAAGUCAGAGACAGAGAGAUCAAAGUGAACAUCUUUGACAUGGCAGGGCACCCAUUCUUCUACGAGGUGAGGAAUGAGUUUUACAAGGACACGCAGGGAGUCAUCCUGGUCUAUGAUGUUGGACAAAAGGAGUCUUUUGAAGCUCUGGAUGCGUGGCUGGCUGAGAUGAAGCAGGAGCUGGGCCCCCACGGGAACAUGGACAACAUUGUCUUCGUUGUCUGUGCAAACAAGAUUGACUGCACAAAGCACCGCAGUGUGGAUGAAAGUGAGGGGCGGCUGUGGGCAGAGAGCCGGGGCUUUCUUUACUUUGAGACAUCAGCACAAACAGGAGAGGGAAUCAAUGAGAUGUUCCAGACGUUCUACUCAGCCAUAAUUGACCUGUGUGACAACGGGGGGAAGCGUCCCCCCUCCAGCAUGGGGGUUGGCUUCACUAAAGAGCAGGCAGACGCCAUUCGUAGGAUCCGCAACAGCAAGGACAGCUGGGACAUGCUGGGAGUCAAGCCUGGAGCCACCAGAGACGAAGUGAAUAAAGCCUACAGAAAGCUGGCUGUGCUGCUCCACCCUGAUAAAUGCGUGGCUCCUGGGAGUGAAGAUGCCUUCAAAGCCGUGGUGAACGCCCGAACUGCUCUUCUCAAAAACAUCAAGUAGGGAACAGAGCUGCUGAGAACUGGAAACCUUCCCUUCCUCCCAGCUAAUUCCCAGGCAGCUGCACUGCCAUGGGGCACCUCCUUCCUCCUCAGAUUCAUCCGCUGGCUUGGACAAAGACACUCCUACCACCAAGCAUAGGAGCAGAACCGUAGUGUGAUUGCAAUGAGUUGUAGAGGGGGCAGAGUGCUGAGGAGGGGAGAGGGACCCCCGAGCCUUCCCUGCAUCUAUGGCCUCAAGUUGGCAGAAGUGCUGAAAGCAGUGAAUUGCCCACUUUCCCAGCUGUUUUACACUCCCCACAAACUACCAGCCUUGGAGGAGGUUGGAUGUGCAGCUCUAGCCUGUGGUUGCAGGGAGGGUAGGUUCGGUUUGGUUGCAAGGCUGUGUGGGAUGGAAAUGAACGAAGGGUUAUGUAAAGGCUGAAGGUGGAAUGAGACACAUUCAAGCCUCGAGCCCAGCAUUUGGCCUGAAAGCUGCUGCACCUGAAAGUGCUGGGGUCGUGGGUUAGGGAUACACAGGACAGCAGCCCCGAGAGCUGCAGUCCCUCAAGCCACAUGGUCCCUCCUUCCCAGCCAUCUGCUAGCCAUCUGCACUGCUCUGACAAACUGUGGGGAAAUGCCCUUGUUCCUGGUGAGGGACUGUCCUCAGGUGCAGGUGGCCCUUGGCUAUUUGCAGAUAGAUGCCAGGCGCUGACCUCAGGGUCCCCCAUCUUCACCACACCUCAGAGCUGCAUGUUGGUGUCAGUGAGAGUGGCAGCUGGCUCUGCAGGCCUGCUUGAGAGGAGCUGAGUCCCCGCAUGAGUUACAUCCCCAAAGGGAAUGUGUUAGGGCUGGCUAUGUAAGACAGCACCCCCAAAAAUCCAGCACCCCAUUCACAUGUGCCAGUCUGCCUACCCACUUGGCCCUGUGUCUCCCUCUGAUUAGUUUAGCAGUAGAAGGGCAUGUUCUUCCUCAGCCCAGUUUUCUGACAGCAGCAGCGUGUCACCCUGCUUUGCUGGUUGUGUUACAGGUUUGUGUCUGCCUCACUGAUCAGCAGGUGGGUCUGGGGUGCUUCCUCUUAGUCACAGCUGCUGCUUUCUUAGAACAUUCUUGUUGAUUCAGAGAGGAGCACUGCUGGUAAUACCAGGAGGUGCUUGCAGAAGGUUGGGUCUGGCCAGUGGGAUCCUGAGAGAGGUCAGAGCCACGAUGACUGCCUGACUCAAGUGGGAGAUCCCUUGGGAUCCUGUGAUUUUGUCAGGUGAUUUUGUCAGUUUUGUUACCUUGCUGCUCUGUGAGCUUGGCAGAGAAGGACAAGAUGCUAAGCUGUGAAAUUGAAGCCACUGAGUGAGUGAGUGAGUGUUUGUGCCCAUAUCUCACCCCCAGAAGUAUCCUAAGUUCAAAAGUUUAUUCCAAUGGUCAGUGCAAUAUAUAUGUUUUUUUCACUACAGGCAGCUAAUCUGUGUUUCCCCUCAAACUAUAUCAUAAAACAGCAGUAGAUCCCCCUCUUCUUGGCAGCAAGCAUUAAGGGUCUUUAAGGCCAGCAUCAUUUUGCACUUGCUUUAGUUUCUGGUGCUAGGUCACUGGGAAGAAAAACAGGCUGUCCUGCUGAGAAGCACUUUGUGCUCCUCCAGUGUUGGUAUCACAAGGGGAAAUGUCAUAAAGGGUCAGAGUUUCAAUAGCUCCAUGUAUCCUCUGCCGUGUGUAUAAAGAGCUGGGCUGGGGGAGGUCAGCAGGACGGGGAUUGGAGCUGCAGUGUGUUGCUCUGAGUCUUGUUCCACGCGUUUUAUAAGGCUGCAGAGUUCACUGGAAACCUCCCCACUUGCCUAGCACAGGAAACCACUUGAUUCUGGCUUCAGACCUAUUUCUCUGCAUUUUUUUUCCACCAAGGAGGGUGAAUAAUCCCGUUGCUGAAUGGCGCGCUUCACUUUCAGGCUGAGAUCUCGGAGCAGUUUAAAGGUUGCCUCAGUUCCCACUACUCAGGUGCCCUCCUGCUCUGCUGUGCCGUGCACGAUGCCUCCGUUUGCUUCUCAGGUGACUGCCUGCUGCUGCUCUGAGGUUCCUCCUGUCUGUUUACUGAGCUGACUGGAUGUUUGGGGACGAUUUACACACACGCAUGUCACGUCUAGCGAUGCCGGUGACCUUCGAAGUUGUGUGAUUUUUAUAAAUUAACCCUUCCCCCCCCCCCUUUUUGGAACAAGAAAGCCCUAUGAGCUGUC